UAAGCCAAGUGUUGGCCAUUAAAUCAACUCUUGGUCAAUUAACCCAUGGUUAAACAAUCUCUCUCUCUCUCUUAACUUUUAUUUUCUGCUUCUUUCCAUGUCUCAUGUCUGAUUCUGUCUUCUUGUUUUGGUAAACCACUUCUGGUUACCAAAAUACUCACCUCUUCUUUCGGCAAAGUCACAAAAUAUAAACCAGCAGAGAGACCUAACCAUAUCCAUCUUCUAAACUCUUGCAUUAAGUUCCUUUCUUUUUCCUAUCCUGGUGUCUUUCCCUCUCUCAUUGCAGGAGCUAAAAAGAAGUGGGCAAAACAGAUUAAAUGAAGAGGUCCCCUGAUUUAUCACGCUUUUCUUCUUCUUCAUCUUCUUCUUAUUCCUCCUCUGCUUCAUCUUGUUGCUUGGGCUCCGAUACUCCUCUCCAUCAUCAUCUAUUAAGAUCACAAAAACCCAAGUCAAAACGUGCUCGAAGAAUUCAAAAGAAUCAAGACAAAUGCCAGAUUAAUGCUACUGCCACCAGCAGCAGCAGAAGAAGAAGCUCUAUUUACAGAGGAGUCACCAGGCAUAGAUGGACAGGGAGGUUUGAGGCUCAUCUAUGGGAUAAAAGUUCAUGGAACAACAUCCAAAACAAGAAGGGAAGACAAGUUUAUUUGGGGGCGUAUGAUAAUGAGGAAGCGGCUGCUCAUACCUAUGAUCUUGCUGCCCUGAAGUAUUGGGGACCAGAUACAACAUUGAAUUUUCCGAUAAAAUCAUACUCUAAGGAGCUUGAAGAGAUGCAAAAGAUGAGCAAAGAAGAGUACUUGGCAUAUCUCCGACGGCGAAGUAGUGGUUUUUCUAGAGGAGUGUCUAAGUAUCGUGGCGUGGCUAGGCAUCACCAGAAUGGGCGGUGGGAAGCAAGAAUUGGACGAGUUUUUGGCAAUAAGUAUCUUUACCUAGGAACUUAUAUUAUUUAUUUUGUUGGUAAAGACACACAAGAGGAGGCUGCGGCAGCAUAUGAUAUGGCAGCAAUAGAGUAUAGAGGAGCAAAUGCUGUGACAAAUUUUGAUACCAGCAAUUACAUAGACCGCUUGAAGAUGAAAGAUGUCCCUUUAAGUCACAUCCUUCCGACGGACCCACUUUCCAACCACUCCAUUGAGUCGGAAGAAGCCGCUGAACCAGAUGUUGAACAAUCGCCAUCGCCAUCGUCUCCACUGCCACCUCAAGAAGAACAACAGGCCACCUCGCCAAAACUUCAUUGCGAGCUUCCAUCAUGCAUGGACACUUCAACAAUGAUCGUUAUGGAACCGAUCGAAGAGCAUGAGCUUAAUUGGAGCUUUUGCUUAGAUUCAGGAUUGACUCCUCUGCCAGUGCCUGACCUUCCACUUGAAAAUGCCUGCGAGUUAACAAAUUUGUUUGAUGACACAGGCUUCGAAGACAACAUUGACUUGAUAUUUGAUGGUUGUUGUUUUGGAAAUGAUGGGAACUGAUGUGGAGUCUAAGGGAGCAUGGAAGAGGAAAAUGGAAAAGAGAGGGUUUCUCGUACAUCAAGUUCUCCAUCUUGUUCAACAACCACCUCGAGACUGGUUUCUAUUUGAAGGGUCUUUGGUCCUUGAACAGUUGAACGGUCGAGGUUAUUUUAUUUUGAGUUUAUUGGUGCGGUCUGGGUAUAAGGUGAAAAGAAAGAUUACUUUGAAAAAUGUUACUUCAAUGAUUUGGUUUUAGUUUGGUUUGAUUUUUUUUUAAUAAAAAAGAUACAAAACUUGCAAAA